AUGCGGUCCAUCCUCGUCAUCAAUCCCAAUUCCACGGAGCAAAUGACCAACGGCCUCAAGCCGCUUGUCGACGCGCUACAGUUCAAAGACCAGACCGCGCACGAAUACUUCACGGCGCCCUCGGGUCCAAAAAGCAUCAACAAUGAAGAGGAUGCUGCCGAGUCGGUAAACCACUGCCUACCCGCCUUGCAGAAACAUGUCGCGCACCACGAUGGCUUCCUCGUCGCGUGCUAUUCGCAGCACCCCCUUGUGCCACUCCUGAAGGAACAAGAUGCGAUAAGGAGCUCGCGGAAACCCGUCACGGGCAUCUUCGAAGCCAGCGUCAGCACAUCGCUGCAGAUUAUACACCCCGACGAAAAGUUUGGCAUUGUCAGCACAGGCAAAGUCUGGGAAUCCAUCUUGACCGAUGCAACAAUUGCCUUUUUGGGUACAGGCUCAGAGGCCAGCAAGCGCUUCGCGGGCGUCGAGACUACAGGGCUUAAUGCUACGGAUCUACACGAUGCGCCUGCCGAAGAGGUGCGCAAACGGAUGAAGGAUGCUGUGAAGCGUCUUUUGAAGAGGGGCAAGGUCGGCGCAAUCUGUCUGGGAUGUGCGGGAAUGGCUGGCAUGGAUGAGAUGGUCAGGGAGGCAUGCGUCGAGGAGUUGGGAGACGUCGAGGGGAAGAGAGUCAGGGUGGUGGAUGGGGUUAUGGCGGGCGUUGCAUGGCUCGAGGGCGCUACGCGUGCUAGCUUCUAA